AGUGUUGUGAGAACUAAGGAGAGGAGAAGGCUUCUGCUAAGUUGAAGAUCACUUUCCAAACCCCUUUCCAUCUCACCCUAUUUGGUCCCUGUUGAUGGCUUUGCUUUCCUUUCUUUCAAGAGGAACUCAUCGUUGGGACAUCUUUGCAUAGCCCCCCAUCCAGGAAGAAGUUCUGUGAUGUGUGGAUUGUGAGUUUGCUCAAGCAAACCGGACUCUUCACAAGGAAUAACUAGACACGAGGACUAGGAUGGAAGACCCGGCACCAGUGGAAGGCCAGGGCCAGUUCCCAAGCCCCCACCAGGGCUCUCUGAGGAAGGCCGUGGCUGCUGCCCUGGCCCUGGAUGGGGAGUCCACAAUGGGUCGCAGGAAAAAGAAGAAGAAAGAGUCUCGCCCACAAUCUAUCAUCAUCUACCGGUCAGAGAAUGAGAAGCUGACUGAGGAUCCCGGGGAAUCAGAAGGUGGAGACCCGCCCAAAGAGGAGGAGGGAGACGAUUUCCUAGACUAUCCUGCGGAUGAUGGUAUGUGGAAUAUGCCUUUGGACAGCCGUUAUGUCACAUUAACUGGGACCAUCACGCGAGGGAAGAAGAAAGGUCACAUGGUGGACAUCCACGUCACGUUGACAGAGAAGGAGCUACAGGAACUGACCAAGCCUAAAGAGUCAUCAACAGAAACAACACUUGAAGGCAGAAAGGCCUGCCAGAUGGCAGCAGACCGUGGGCCCCACGUGGUCCUCUGGACGCUGUUCUGCCUGCCUGUCAUUUUCAUCCUCUCUUUCGUGGUCUCUUUUUACUACGGCACUAUCACCUGGUACAACAUCUUCCUUGUGUACAAUGAGGAGAGGACCUUCUGGCACAAGAUCUCGUGUUGCCCCUGCCUCAUUCUGUUCUAUCCAGUGCUCAUCAUGGCCAUGGCCUCUUCCCUGGGCCUCUAUGCUGCUGUGGUCCAGCUCUCUUGGUCCUGGGGAGCAUGGUGGCAAUCUGCCCGGGACAUGGAGAAGGGCUUCUGUGGCUGGCUCUGCAGCAAGCUGGGUCUGGAGGACUGUUCUCCCUACAGCAUUGUGGAGUUGCUUGAAUCUGACAAUAUCUCAGGGAGUCUUUCCAACAAGGACCCCACCCAAGAAGUAGAAACUUCCACUGUCUAAACUCCCAACAACUACUUCCUUCUCUAGUCACAGUAGCCUGUAUAUAGUCUUCCAAUUCCAGAAGAUUUUUUCUUUAAAUUGUCACCUCCCCCACACAGUUCAUCUGGAAAAUUCUAGCCCAUACUGAUCUGUCUUACCAUGUUGAUGGUUCUAGGAGGGCAAGGAACAGCAGAGCAAUUUGUGCCAAAGCAGUCCAUCUGAUGGACAAACUCUUCUUCAUUCUCUGACCUAAAAUGACCAUUUAUCUGGGACAGGGAGCUCAGUUGUCUAUCAAUUCAGGAAGUUGAAGGGGUUACUGGUGCCUGGAACCCAGGGGAGUAUGUGACUAAAUGUGACAGGGAGAAUAAGGAGGCUCUGGGGAGACCAGUAAGAUAAUAGAUAGGGAUAGAGUGAAACAUUUAGGAAGCAGGGCUACCAUAGUGUAUCAGAAUGUAAAGAUUUGUGUGUAUCACUUAGAUUUUGAUUUAGCAUAUAAUUAAAAUCCUAAAAUAUCAGUGGUUUAAACAAGAUAGAAGUCUCUUUCUCCUAUAGAAGAAGUCUGGAGGCAGACCAUCAGGGGACCCAAUGAAGUUACUGGGGUCCCAGGCUUCUUUUAUUCCCCUACCAUUAGUAGGAUGUGGCUCUCAUUGCCCUUAUCCUCAGCACUCCAGUGCUGACUACAUCUCCAGCCAUCACAUCCAUGUUUCUGGCAGA